CGGCAGGCAGCAGGAUGUGAAGACUAGAGAACCGCGUCUCCUCACCACCUCCCUCCGGAGCACAGUCCUCUCUCAGUCCAUGCAAUUUGCAGAUUAGUCUCUUUUUCUUCUUCUUUUUCUUUUUGUAAUUCCUCGCGUCUCGCCAUGGCAGAUCAGUCCACAUCCGGGCCACAAUCCUUUGACUCCAUUAUUGUCUAAAAACUGGCGGAGAGGUUGAUAAACCUUGUCAUUUUUCUGCUCCUGACGACGCAUUCUUCCUCCGCGCGGCGACCGGCCGGGAUCCAGGGGAGAUGUCCAACCAAGGCGUCCGGCGGAACGGCCCCGUGAAGCUGAGAUUAACAGUCCUCUGUGCCAAGAACCUGGUGAAGAAGGACUUUUUCCGCCUCCCUGAUCCCUUCGCCAAGGUGGUCGUGGACGGCUCCGGACAGUGCCACUCCACGGACACCGUGAGGAACACGCUCGACCCAAAGUGGAACCAACACUAUGAUCUGUACAUCGGAAAGUCAGAUUCCAUCACCAUCAGCGUGUGGAACCACAAGAAGAUCCAUAAGAAGCAAGGGGCCGGUUUCCUGGGCUGUGUCCGCCUUCUGUCCAACGCCAUCAACCGCCUUAAAGACACAGGCUACCAGAGACUAGACUUGAACAAGCUGAGUCCCAACGACAGCGACACAGUCCGGGGCCAAAUAGUGGUGAGCCUGCAGUCCAGGGACCGGAUAGGCACAGGAGGGCCGGUGGUGGACUGCAGUCGCCUCUUCGACAAUGAUCUACCAGACGGCUGGGAGGAGAGGAGGACCGCGUCCGGCCGAAUCCAGUACUUGAACCACAUCACUCGCACCACGCAGUGGGAGAGACCGACCAGGCCCGCCUCGGAGUACUCCAGCCCCGGCCGGCCGCUCAGCUGCAUCGUGGACGAGAACACGCCCGUCAGCACCAACGGCGCCACGCCCACCACGGCGAUACCGUCCGGCGACGGCGGCGACCACCGGGCCCAGGAGAGACGGGUCCGCUCACAGAGGCACCGCAACUACAUGAGCAGGACCCACCUGCACACGCCGCCGGACCUCCCGGAGGGAUACGAGCAAAGGACGACGCAGCAAGGCCAAGUUUACUUCCUCCACACUCAGACAGGUGUCAGCACGUGGCACGAUCCCAGAGUACCCAGGGAUCUGAGUAACGUCAACUGUGAGGAGCUGGGUCCUCUGCCUCCGGGAUGGGAGAUCCGGAACACCGCCACCGGGAGGGUGUACUUCGUCGACCACAACAACCGAACCACGCAGUUCACAGACCCCCGCCUCUCUGCAAACCUGCAUCUAGUCCUAAAUCCGAGUCCCAAUGGUUCCCGAGGAGGCGUCGAGAGUCAGAACGUCAGUCGUCAGAACCAGCUGAAGGAUCAGGCCCAGCAGGCUCUGGUGUCCCCCGGUCAGCUCCCAGAGGAAGCGGAGUGCCUCACCGUGCCCAAGUACAAGAGGGACCUGGUCCAGAAGCUGAAGAUCCUCCGCCAGGAGCUGUCCCAGCAGCAGCCUCAGGCGGGCCACUGCCGCAUCGAGGUGUCCCGCGAGGAGAUCUUCGAGGAGUCGUACCGACAGGUGAUGAAGAUGAGGCCCAAAGACCUGUGGAAGAGGCUCAUGGUGAAGUUCAGAGGAGAGGAAGGGCUCGACUACGGAGGAGUGGCCAGGGAGUGGCUCUACCUGCUGUCACACGAGAUGCUGAACCCGUACUACGGCCUGUUCCAGUACUCCCGCGACGACAUCUACACGCUGCAGAUCAACCCCGACUCCGCAGUCAAUCCCGAGCACUUGUCUUACUUUCACUUCGUGGGGCGUAUCAUGGGCAUGGCGGUGUUCCACGGCCACUACAUCGACGGGGGCUUCACGCUGCCCUUCUACAAGCAGCUGCUGGGUAAACCCAUCACCCUGGACGACAUGGAGUCGGUCGACCCCGACCUGCACAACAGCCUGGUCUGGAUCCUGGACAACGACAUCACCGGUGUGCUGGACCACACCUUCUGUGUCGAACACAACGCCUACGGGGAGAUCAUCCAGCACGAGCUCAAGCCCAACGGCAAGAGCAUCCCCGUCACCCAGGACACCAAGAAGGAGUACGUCAGGCUGUACGUCAACUGGCGCUUCCUGCGAGGCAUCGAGGCUCAGUUCCUGGCUCUGCAGAAGGGCUUCAACGAAGUCAUCCCGCAGCACCUGCUGAAGGCGUUCGACGAGAAGGAGCUGGAGCUGAUCGUGUGCGGCCUCGGGAAGAUCGACAUCAACGACUGGAAGUCCAACACGCGGCUCAAGCACUGCACGCCCGACAGCAACAUCGUCAAGUGGUUCUGGAAGGCCGUGGAGUCCUUCGACGAGGAGCGGCGGGCGCGCCUGCUGCAGUUCGUCACCGGGUCGUCCAGAGUUCCCCUCCAAGGCUUCAAGGCCCUUCAAGGCGCUGCUGGUCCCCGACUCUUUACCAUCCACCAGAUCGACGCCAGCACCAACAACCUGCCCAAAGCCCACACCUGUUUCAACAGGAUCGACAUUCCCCCCUACGAGCACUACGACAAGCUGUACGACAAGCUGCUCACCGCCAUCGAGGAGACGUGCGGCUUCGCCGUCGAGUGAGCCGCCGCCGCCGCCGUCCGGCACGCCGGAGGCAGCCGGGUCCGUCCCCCGAUGAGCCCUGUCCACUCAGACGGGGAGGGGGGAGGGUGAGGGGUGCUUGCUUCACCCGCGGACCCCCACGCAUCCCGGGGACUGCGAAGGGAGGGCGGGCGAAGAAGACCUGAGAAAGUCGAGUAACUCUAAAGGGGGUGUGUUUUGUUUUUGUAGCCCCGCCCAGCCCUCCUUAAUCUUUUUUUUUUUUUUUUUUUUUAAUCUUUGAAAAGGAUCUCUUCAGCUGCUAAUAACUCAGACUAUUUACUAACUUGUUGAACCUGCAAAAACUUGCCGGCUCUUCCUUGUUUUUUUUUUUUGUUUUUUUUCCAAGUUCAUUUUACCAUUUUAAAAAACAAAUAAAGAAGAAAAGAUAUUCCAUGUAGCAACGCUCCGUCUUACCAAGCAGAGAACAGUCCGCUCUGAAGCAAACAGCCACAUUAGCAGAACUUACAGGGUUAUUAUCGGUCAGCGGAGUGUGUGUGACCGACGCCAAGGACGAGACGCUGGGACGAGAAGCCACCGCCGCGCUCCAGACUUAAUUUGACCGACUGUUUACAAACCUUCUCCAAAGAGCGCAGCACUCCCAAGUCGCUGCCUUCCCAGAAACCCCCGUUUGACACGUUUUAACAGCAAGCUGUGUUUAAAAAAAAAAAAAUGAAUGAAUAGUUUGAAAUGUGUUAUUUUUAUAUAACUGGGAAACUUAAAGAAACAAUAAAAUUCUAUAUAAUAUAUAUAAUUUAUUGCUGUUAUAUUUCUGAAUGCCCUCCUUUUCCAUAUUUUUUUUUUCCAGAAAAGCGAAAUCUUAUAAAUGUAAAUUGUUUAAAUUAUAGGAGACCAUUCGUGGAAACAGAAUUCAGCUCACUGAAGAGUGCUGUGGUUAAUUUCUCGACGUCGCCUCUCGCUGUGGAUGUUCGAGGUUUGUCUUAAGGGCAGAACUAACUUAAACCCAGAAAAACCCUCUGAGUGCCAUAUUCAUUUAUGAAUGAAUUAAUCUCUGCAAAAUGUUGAGCGUACCCUUUAAAUUGUGACUGAGACUGAAGCUGCAUCAUGAUGGCGUGAUGUUUCCCUUCCUCUGGUGUGUUUUUUUUUUUUCUAACAGUCAUUUGUAGCCGGGCGAUAUUGAUGGAACUGACAUGAAGCCCAUUGUUAAUGCUUAACGGUGUCUACUGUCCACCGUUAUCUGUGCAGCCAAUAUGUUAAAAAAAAACAAACAAAAAAAACCUUCACUACCUUCCAGCCAUGUGGUGCUAAGAAUGUUUGUCUUGUAUUGGAAACUUCGCUCACUGUAUUGCUUCAAAAAUAACCCAAAAUACUGAAGAGAACGGGACGAUCCAGCUUCCUGUUCUCUUCUCUUUAACGUCUGUAAUGUGCUGCAGCUAACCAGCUAGCCCUGUCUUGUCCCGUUGUGCAUUACCACGUUUGGCCUGGAGGUGGAGCAGUGAGUCACUUUUUCGUCUUCAUGAUCUCAGUCUGGCUCCAUGAAUCAGCUCACACCCCCCCCUGGUGGUUGUUUACGGUAUUGAUUGUAGCGAAUGUAAUUACAUCUCAUUUUUACCAUCAACAGUUUUUUAUUUAAAAGUUUUGUUUAAAAUUCGGUAUGCUUUUGUUUUCUAUCUCGGGUCACAGGGUCACGUCAUCCCACUCAAAGAGAGGCUUAACCUGAGCAUGUUCUCCCUGUGCAUGCAUCUCUUACUCUGAUUUCCACCUGUAGUUUAAAAGUACAAAACCCCACACGUGACAACUGAAAUAAAACUUUUCAUUGUGGCUACGAAAUAGUAAUUUGAGGCAACAAAACAGUAACUUUAGGCCAAAAACAACUAUUUAUGGCUACGAAUUUAUAAUUUUAGGCCAGGAAAUAGUCAUUUUCGUCUGUGUAAAAAUAAUUUUGGCAACAAGAUAUUAAUUUGUGGCUACAAUUUAACAUUUUAUUUCAGAUGUCCUGUCAGGAACUCCAUUGAAAGUGCCCAUUAAAUGCUAAUUGAUGUGAAUUUGAUGUUGCAUUGCUAAAUUCCCCCUUGUGUUCAAUUAUGUUUUGUCUUUGUUACACCGGAAGGAAACAAAGAACCGUCCAUGUCCAACCGUGUCACUCACAAAACUCUCAAAGCCUGACUGAGGACAUCCAGACAGCUCAGAGCGACUCAACACUGCCACCCGCUGCACAGGAGUGGCAUGACGAAAACCUCUCACACUGUACCUUUAAACCUUUAAAGCGCUCAUGCUCUCACGCGUCUGUGGCCACCAAGUGUUUCCACACCACCUUCUCAGGAGAUGUCAUACCAAGAUUUCGAUGUCUGUCCAUUUGAUUGAAGGGAAAAAAAAAGGUUCACAUCAUUUCGUCCUGAUAAAAAUGUCGAGGGGUUAAAAAGGUGUUUUUAACCUUGGUGAUCACAGCAGACUGUUCACACACACACACACACACACACACACACACACACACACACACACACACACACACACACACACACACACACACACACACACACACACACACACACACACACCUGUAGCAGGUUUCUGAAUGAGACAAGCUCCUGAUCUUCACUAUCCAUUUUUACUUUGAGAAAGGGGGGAUUGUUUUCUACAAGUUAAAAAUGAAUGUUUGUUGGGGUUUUAUUUUUGUUUGUUUUUUUAAAGAUGCUGCCUGUCUAGCAAUCUCUACGACCGUGGACUGUUCUUAACGUUUGCAUACACUUAUAUAUAUAUAUAUAUAUAUAUCUAUUAAAAAAAAAGUUUGUUUCACGUAUGCAAAGUGAAAAGUGUCCUCAGAUGGUGCUUUGUACAGUAAUAAGAUAUUGUUCAUAUAUGUGGAUCAAACAAACUUGUAAUUUAUCUUUAACUUAAGAAGAAAAAGACCUUUUUUUUUUUUCUUGAACUGAGAAAAGAGGAAUUGCACACUCACACAGAAGCGAGGCCGCCGGGUGUAUUUGCGGCGACCGCCCCGACUUUCACCCACCUUUAACCAGUCCAGUGCACAAGCUGAAGGCCCUGCUGUCUGCUCCUUCACUACAGCGCUCAGAAACGCCCCGUUCGCUGCCUCCCACUCAACUCUCAACAAGUCGAGAGAUGCCGCUUUUCUUAUUUUUUCUUUGUUUUGUUCUGUUUUGUUUUUUUUUAUAGCAUGAUCCACUAGCAGGACUAUAUCUCUCAUAGCUGACUGAUGCAAUUUGAUGUAUGUUAACACUAUCAUUUUGUAAGAGUAUUUUAUUUUUGUGUGUAAUUAGUUCUAAUUAAACUUGCCUUUGUCUAACAAUGUAAGGCCUUGUACACAGAAAUGUCCUGUCUUUUUUCCCCUAAUACA